AUGUCCUUACGAUCCAUAUCUAGAUUCUCCACCUCUCCGCUCGCAGGUUCAGGUUCAGGUCCAGGUCCCAGUAGAUCAAAGUACAUCAGACGAUAUGCGACUGGAUCACAACCUGGACCUCAGCAAAAUCAGACUAUAGGAGAAAUGUUGAACAGGCGAGCAUUCGCUUCAGCUUGGAGGGCACUUUCACCGAAUCAGAAAUUGAUUUUUGGAGGAUUGGUUGGGAUAGGUGCAUAUUUCGAAUAUUCCCUUAUGGACAGGUAUAUUUUAGGACCUGCAAAAUCCAGGAAAGAGGAACAGAAACGAACAGAACUGGAAAAAAGCUUGGGAGCUGCUGGAGGUGGUAAGAGGGAGACUCUCUUAGGUGAGGUAACGACUGUUUUUAUCAUCGAUAUCUUCGUUGUGUUCAGAAUGACUCAACCAUGA